AUGAGCUACAUCGACCAAUCCUUCAACGCAAAUCAAGCCUGCAUUGGAUUUUGUGACAAUCGGAGAAAACACUCCUAUCAGAACACUUCAUAUCAUUCAUCCGAUGAUGGUGGCAUGCUGCUCCUGGAACAAAACGUGCAGAAGAAACAAGAUAUCGAUAACCUCUUAUCAGAAGCAUUGAAUGCUCUGACAUUUCACGAACGAGAGGAGCAACAAGAAGUUCUUCACGGGGUGGAUAAGGUCAUUGCGGAAGGAGAUGACUUCAUCGCGAACUCCUUGGUUGAUCUUGACACGGACCUCAUGAGGAUAAAAGCUGGCAGUGCGUACGAGAUUGCCGAACGUAUGGAUCCUACUUAUGCCACCUCAAGGGCCUUUCGAGUAAUGUUUCUUCGAGCCAAUCGGUAUGAUGUAAAGGCAUCCGCAAAUCAGAUGCUAUUGUUCUUUGAAUUGAAGCAACAACUAUUUGGAAAUGACAAAUUGGCAAAGGAUAUCACCAUUGAUGACCUGGACGAAAAUGAUCUAGAAGCCUUAAAGGCGGGCGCUGUCCAACUUGCUGGACGAGACACAGCCAAUAGGAAAAUCUACAUCCAAUUGCCAGGGAUUAGAAAGUUCAAAUACAUUCAGAAUGAAUUGCGAUCAAGAUUCUUAAUAACGAUGCAAGCACUGCGGUCAGAACAGACGCAGCUGAAGGGUGCUGUUUCAAUUCUGUAUUCUGUUGGGGAUUUCAAAGAUCGGUGCAAUGGAGCUGGUUUUGUGGAGCACACCAAAUUUGCACUUGCAGUACCUCAACACAGUGCAGGAAGCCAUAUAUGUUUCGAUGAUCCAAAUCAGUAUAUGGUCAUCAAGGCUGGACUUUCGGUACUAAAUGCCAAAUUUCGUGCUCGCGUCAGAGUGCAUUAUGGGAGUCACUUGGAGUGUCAGUACCUUCUAUCAACAUAUGGAAUCUUGACAAAUACUCUUCCAUUGACGACAAGCCACGGGGUUAACUUGAGUCGUCAUUUGGACUGGGUCGAAUCUUGCUUGAGGGAUAGUAAAGAUUCAGCAUUUACAUCGCCAGCUGGUAUCAAACCCAAUGCAGAUGAUGUCCUUUUCAUGGGAUACAAGACGAGUAGCAACCUUGGCAACGCUCGUCUUCGAGAAGGUGUGAAGGAAAUAUUCCUGCAGUACAGAGCUGGGAGUCAAGAGCAGAAGCGGCUUCUGAUAGAUGGUCUGAUUGCUCAGAUUCACAACUCUGGCGGUCGUUUUUUGAAACAAGACAAGGAAUCCAUUUGGCAUGAAGCGACAUUGAAAGAGUCAAGAACAAAGGUGAUGAAAAUUAUCAGCAACUACAAACGUCGACUAGGAACACCACGGUCGACCAUUAGUCCUCCUUCCUCGAUUAUCGGUGAGCCUAUGCCGGAGGAUGUUAUAUUUGGGAGAAACCAACAUAGUCGGGGCAAUGAGUUGCUCCAUCAUCUCGUCAAGGAGCGGUUCGAGGAGUAUGAAUCGUUGGACCGUGGAAUGAAAAUGUCAUUGGUAGACUCUAUAGCAAAGACGAUUCGUGAUGAAGGUGGACGAUUCCUCGGACCAGAGUCGAAUGGAUGGGUAGAGUUGUCGAUCGAACAGUAUCGGGUCAAAUUAUCCAAGUACCUGACCAACCAUCGACGACACUUCAAAAAAGGUGGGAAAUAUCAUACACUUUGA